AGCUGCCACUCAAGACGCCGGAGCUCCUUGUUGCGCGCCUGGCGAGCUCUGCUGCGGGGCUGAGAGGGGACGAGGCGCGCUGCAUACCAACACACACGCUGCUUCCACCGGAGGACCCGGGGACCCGCCACCCGUUCUCAGAGACAGACGCGUCCACGCCAAGUUUGGCCACAGAGAAUCCCAGAGCGCGCCCCACUCCGAUUGUGGAAUAUUUGCUUUUUUUUUUUUGCCUCGGCUGACAUUUUGCAAGCGCGAUAUAAACCGCGCGCGGAGUCCCUUUGCGCCGAGAGAGACGACAAGUGGACCCAGCGCCUCGAAGACCCUCUGGUUUGCGUGACAUUUCCGACGCUGGAAUAGUCCCGCCAUCAACGAACGGAACCAAGCGCAUCGGUGGAAAUCAUCACAAGUGCCAUCAUGGGCUGCCCCCUCCUGAGGAACGCGUUGUCCGGCUUGGUUCUGGUGCUGUUGUGCAAAGGCUCGGCUGUGCACGGAGCGGAAUUUGGGCACCUGCCGGACAACAUUACGGUGCUUGAAGGCGAGAGCGUCACUUUGAGGUGUCGGAUCAACGAAGAGGUGACCCACAAGGCCUGGCUGAACCGCUCCAACAUUCUGUUCACGGGCACCGACAAGUGGUCGCUCGACAAGCGCGUCACGCUGGUCAACAGCAACAACAGCGACUUCUCGGUCCACAUCGACAAGGUGCAAGUGAGCGACGAGGGGCCCUACACGUGCACCUUCCAGGCAAACAACAAGCCGCGCAUCGCCCACGUCUACCUCAUUGUGCAAGUACCGGCCAGAAUCGUCAACAUCUCCACGGACGUGUUUGUGAAUGAGGGCGAGAACGUCAACCUCUUCUGUCUGGCCGUGGGCCGGCCUGAGCCCACCGUCACCUGGAAGGACCAGAAAUACGGCCUGGUGAGCGAGGGCGAGUUCCUGGACAUUACGGAGAUCAAGCGCCAGCAGGCCGAGGACUACGAGUGCAUCACCCACAACGGCGUGGCCCCGCCCGAUCAGCACAAAGUCAAAGUCACCGUCAACUACCCGCCCACUAUCACCGACAUGAAGAACCUGCCCGCCCACUUGGGGAAGACCGCCAUCUUGCGCUGCGAGGCCAUGGCUGUGCCCCCCGCCUCCUUUGAGUGGUACCACGACGACCACAGGCCAGUGGAGAGCGACAACACCUUGCGGAUUAAAAAUGAGAAGACGCGCUCGCUGCUGCUCUUCACCAACGUGACGGAGAAGCACUUUGGCAACUACACCUGCUUCGCCAGCAACCGUCUGGGGGCCUCCAACGCCAGCAUGUUGCUAUUCCGACCGGGCGCCAUACAGGGUCGAGCGAGCGGUCUCCGAUCGGGCUUCAGCGUCGCCCUCAGCGUUUGGAUCUCCCUCUCUGCCGCCGUCCUGUUCAAGGUGUAACAAUCGCAAACCACCCCUGGAAACGGAAUAGAAGCAAGACCCUCCGACGACCCCCCCCCUUCCCCCCCCUUCCCUCGCCCCUCGACUGAAAGGAAUUCUUUAAUUAA